CACACACUCCAGUGCCUGACUGACUUAACACAGACGAUCAAAAACACUCCAGCCGACAGGCAUCGAAAAGAAGAAGAGGGCUUCUUUCGGCCAAAGUUGAGGAGAAAUGGAAAGUAACCAAGCCAACAAGUCUCCUGAAGAAAAAGACAGGACAAACGUGCGUCUGGUGUUUUUGGGAGCGGCAGGAGUGGGAAAGACAGCCCUCAUCCAACGCUUCUUAAAGGACACCUUUGAGCCCAAGCACCGGCGCACGGUAGAGGAGCUCCACAGAGAGGAGUAUGAGGUCGGGGGUGUCAAAGUAACCAUCAACAUCAUGGACACCAGCGGCAGCUACUCCUUCCCAGCCAUGCGGAGGCUCUCCAUCCAGAAGAGUGAUGCCUUCGCCCUGGUCUACGCCGUCAACGAUCCAGCAUCCCUGGAGGCAGUGAAGAGCCUGAGGGACGAGAUCCUGGAGGUCAAGGAGGACAAGUACACGCCUAUUGUGGUGAUCGGUAACAAGAUCGAUUGCCGCCAUGAGCGGCAGGUGUCCAGCGAGGACGUGCUCUCCACGGUGGAGCUGGACUGGAACAACAGCUUUGUGGAAGCGUCGGCCAAAGACAACGUUAAUGUGCUGGAGGCUUUCCGAGAGCUUCUCCAGCAGGCCAACCUGCCCAGCUGGCUCAGUCCGGCACUGUGCCGCAGGCGGGAAACCUUUCCCAAAGAGCAGAAGAAGAUACCUCCAAUGAACAAGACCAACAGCUGCCUCAUCUCCUAAUGACUUGAAGGUGCAUGAGGACACCAACUUAAACAUGCACUCAAGGCAAAAAGAGAGUGGGCGCUUGUUUGAUGGCUCGCUGGCUGGAUAGAUGUAUCGAUGCACAACACAAAUCCUCAUCUUAGAAGAACGAUGCAAAGGAUAACACACCAAGCACACACAUUUCAAACUAACUUUCCAGACUGGGAGAAAAAUGGGUCAACUUAAACACAAACUGAUGUGACUAGAAGACGUAUUCAAAUGUUGCAAUGACAAAGUGAAGUCAUCUCAUCUGUAUAGCUUUAACAACAUCUGUAAAGUGGUUUAUGAAUGUCUCUUUUGCUCAAAACAUGCCUAUGAUGCAUCCAUGUGAAGCACUGUUUUUCACUCGCUUUUUUUUUAAACUACAAACUGUAAACAUAACUUUGUCUAAUAA